AUGUCACCUGCGCUGAUCUACACGCACGCGCUGAAGCACUCCAACGGCUCCCUCGAUCCUGCUUGGACCUGCAAGGUGAUCCGGGUCGCCCUCAACUACAUGCAGGAGCUGAUCCGCGUCGAGCGCUGCCGCAAUACUGGCUGGGACAAGACAGUUGCCGACAUCGCUGGGCCAGACUGGGAGGCUUUGGCUGCUUCGCCUAACCUUGCUCAGCAGUAUGAGCUCCUUAAGCGCGAUGCCAAAGAAGCUUGA